CCGCAACGCGGGCUUUGAAGGAGCUGGUCGUUGAUGACAGCUGCCGCGGCUGUUAAACUCCUGAGACGUGCUGACACCUGCCACAGGAUCUGGGCUGUGUUCCUACCUACCCCGCUAACACCCGAGAGGCUUGUCUCCUUACAGCUGCAGUAAACGACCCAGGAUUGCUGCUGGGCACAGGGCCUCACCCAGCAGGCCGACCCGGAAGGACUGUAGAGGUUGCCCUGCUCUGCUUUCAAGUCCUUAGUCACUUAGAAUUAGCUGCUGUUACUGUCCCUGUUUCGCUCAUGGGGAAAUUGGGGCACACAGAGCUUAAGGGACCUGGCCUGAGGUCACACAGCUAGUAAAUGGCAGAGCUGAGAGCCAGAUUUACAACAUUCUUACUUGAGUUUGUGCUCUUCACUGUGACCAACCUUCAAACAGUUUUCUGGCUUGUAUUUCAUGGAGCUUUGGUGAACAAGAGGGAGAGGAUAAAGAACUUCUUGAACCGAGACACUCUGCUUUGUAUCUUAAUGUGGAUGUUCCAAAUAAUUUUUCUCUUUUGACACUAAGAACCUGUUACAGGCCCAUGGGCAACCCCAGGGUUCUAUAUGAUUUCCUAAGUAAAGCUGCUGAAGCAAACAUCACAAACCCCAGAAAAGCCUGUUGUCUCUCAGAUGGAUCCAAAAAGGCAGCCUCACCUUAACCAUCAGAACAGAAAAGAGACCUCAGCUAAAGUCAAGGGAGAGGAGAUGCCAACAAAAAAAGACCAGGAGGCCACAGGGGGCUCUGUUCCCUCUGGAUCUAGGAGGAAAAGGAUUGUGCCAGUACCUCCCACAGAGGCCAAGGGAGCAGAGCAUAAGAAAGGAGCCAAGAAAAGGACAAAUGGUGACGUUUCUUUGAAACAAGGGAACAUCAAGCAUAAGAAGCGGAAAGCUAAGGAAGCAGCCGUGGCCUCAGCUCCAGCCCUGCCCACUGAGGAAGAUAUCUGGUUUGAUGAUGUUGAUCCAGCAGAUAUCGAAGCUGCUAUAGGCCCAGAGGCAGCCAGGAUAGCAAGGAGGCAGCUGGGCCAGAGGGAGAGCAGCACCACCCUGGUGAAGGAACAGGCCUUCCACGGCCUGACAAGAGCCUUGGCCCUGGAUUGUGAGAUGGUGGGCGUGGGCCCCAAGGGGGAGGAGAGCAUCGUGGCCCGCGUGUCCCUCGUGAACCAAUAUGGGAAGUGCGUUUAUGACAAGUACGUGAAGCCCACCGAGCCCGUGACAGACUACAGGACAGCAGUCAGUGGGAUUCGGCCCGAGAAGCUCAAGCAGGGAGAAGAGCUUGAGGUUGUGCAGAGGGAAGUGGCAGAAAUGCUCAAGGGCAGAAUCCUGGUGGGGCACGCGCUUCACAAUGAUUUAAAGGUGCUGUUUCUUGAUCAUCCAAAAAAGAAAAUCCGGGACACCCAGAAAUACAAACCUUUCAAGAGUCAAGUAAAGAGUGGAAGGCCAUCUCUGAAACUACUUUCUGAGAAAAUCCUGGGCAUCAGGGUCCAGCAGGCAGAGCACUGUUCGAUCCAGGAUGCCCAGGCAGCAAUGAGGCUCUACGUCAUGGUGAAGAGGGAGUGGGAGAACACUGCAGGAGACAGGCACCCCCCGGCCUCUGCCCCAGACAGCUGCAAUGAGAACUCCUAGCCUGCUGCCUGUUGCCACCGUCCCACUCUCCAUCCUGUCAAGCACCUCCGUCCAGUGGCAGUGGGGACCAGAUCAUGGGACCAGUGGAGUCGCUCCAAAGUGGAUCAGGGGUGAAUUGUGUUCAAAGCCAGAACCAUGGGGCUUCCUUCUCCCUCUGGCCUCUGCUCUUCUACUGCAACUGGGUGUUUAGGGCAGGAUGAGCAGGGGUGUGCGAGGGCAAGAAGUCAGGUGUGUGUCCUAGGCACAGCCAGGAAGUGGUAGCGGGUUGGGGUUGCCUAGUGGCUCCACUGUUUGCUGACCUCCAGAGGAAGAAUGGGAUGUCUGGGCUGCCCCUGUAGACCUGACUGCCCUGGGUGCUCAGCUCCUUCCUCGGGGGAGGCCACUGCCUCUCCAUCGUUGUGGGUGAUGGAUAUAGGCUUUGUUGGCCCCAGUUCAAACCCUGUCUGCAGGUGGCUGCUGAGUAGCACAGCAGCUGCCCCACCAGGACUUGCCUGAGGCCGUUGGACAUGGAGAAGGGCUUCCUGGAGGUGGGGUCCUGUCUUUCACCUGUUUACCUCAGUUGGCCAGCAUCCAGCAGACCAGCAGAGGCUUCUCCCCACGGCCAGUCAUGUGAGACUCGGGACACACUUUUCUAUUCCUGAAGCUCCCUGCCAACCUUGGCAGCCAAGCUGGCCAGUCUGUGAGCACCUAUGGGCCAGCCUGCGGUCUUCAGGCCAGGCUUGGGUCUGAGGAUCUCUCUGGGAACUGAUCAGGAGUGGAGUGCACCAAGCCCAGGGCUUCAUCAGGCCGUCUGAUAGCUGUGUGGACAGUGUGCACCCACAGAGGACAUUGCUGGCACAGAGGCAGAUGCUCACCUCACAUGGAGCUUGUGGGGCUGGGUUGGCUCAGUGGUGGGCACUCACCUCCCCUGCGUGGGCCAGGCCUGCCCCAGCACCAUGUAACA